CUGCGCCUGUCUGUGUAUAUGCAGAGGGCUAGAGAAAGCUGGCUGCACUACCUGAAUAGCUCUUGAAAGAGUGAGACUUCUCAGCUCCUGCUUCAUUACUGGGUAGCAGCUAUUCCAGUGUGUAAGAGAGCCUAACUGCAUUCUCCCCUCGAAAACCCUUUGAUCAGGGACAACGUAAACAGUGGCAGUUCAAGCUCCCCUCACAUCCUUCCACCUGCUUGCCUCAAGACUGAUCCAAAGGACUACUUCUAGGGUGAACAGGUGCCUAGGACCUCAAUCAUGAACCAGACCCCAUUGUUCUAGUCCCUGUACAAACAGAACAAACAGAUGGCUCCUCUGCCCAAGCACUUACCACCUAAGUAUAAGGUGAGGGGAAAGAGCUGAAUGCAGCAAAUUGACAGGGGAGCACAAGGAAACAAUGGAAUUGUGACCAGCACGAUAAGCACUGCAUGCCAGCAGACUGUUUCAUUCCCCUUCACCAAUACUUCAAGGCACAGAGGAGCUGGUACAGGCAUUGCCAUGAAACCUAACUUGAAGCAAUGGAAACAACUAAUGCUGUUUGGGCUAUUUGCAUGGGGUCUCCUUUUCUUGGUGAUCUUCAUCUAUUUUACAGAUAGCAACACUGCUGAACCAGUUCCAAGUUCCUUCUCUUACACUGAGACGAAGAGGCUCAUGCCCAUUCAGGGCAAGCAGAGAGUUAUUAUGGGAGCAAUACAUGACCCAUCAUCCUCCGAAACCAUAGAUAGGAACGAGGUGCUUCUUAACAAAGAGCUCUUAGAUUCAUUUAAUUUGGGGACCGGAAGCAUUAAAAAGUGGAUUGAUCUAGAAGAUGGCUUUGAAAAUGAAGAAGAGUAUUUUCCUUCCCAGAUAGGGAGAAAAUCAAAAAAUGCUUUCUAUCAAGGGGAUGACAACUAUUUAUUUGCUGCUGGCCAGCCUCGGCAACACAGCAACAUUCAAGAGAUAGUGAAAUUCAUCUCUCCCAAUGAGGAUGAUCAGAAGGAAAAUGUUUUACAGGAAAAAUGGACCCAUGAGAAAAGAACAAAGAAAAGAAACCCGACACACAGGAGAAGCCAGCUGUUUGAUGAGUCUGAUGAUUGGGAUGGGUUAUAUUCCACAAUGUCAAAAUCCGUCCUUUAUAGGCUUUGGAAAGGGGAUGUCUCCUCCAAGAUGCUGAACCCUCGUCUGCAGAAAGCUAUGAAAGACUAUCUGAACACCAACAAGCAUGGGGUGCGGUUCAAAGGGAAACGAAACUCCAGACUGACAGGAGACCAGCUCAUCUGUGAGCUCAAGGACAGGGUGCAUGUGAAAACAAUAGAUGGCAAGGAGGCCCCCUUUUCAGCUCUUGGAUGGGAAAAGCACGUUCCUCAAAUUCCACUGGGCAAACUGUAUCCACAUGGCUUCGGAAGCUGUGCCGUAGUUAUGUCUGCUGGUGCAAUACUGAACUCUUCUCUAGGGGAUGAAAUAGAUUCUCAUGAUGCAGUUCUGAGAUUUAAUUCUGCUCCUACACGUGGCUAUGAAAAAGAUGUUGGAAAUAAAACGACCAUGCGCAUCAUUAACUCUCAGAUUCUCACCAAUCCAAACCAUCACUUCAUUGACAGCUCAUUAUAUAAAGAUGUUGUUUUAGUGGCCUGGGAUCCUGCUCCUUACUCUGCAAAUCUGAAUGUGUGGUUUAAGAAGCCAGACUAUAACCUGUUCACGCCUUACGUGCAGCAUCGCAGGAGGAAUCCAAACCAGCCGUUUUACAUCCUCCAUCCCAAGUUUAUAUGGCAGCUCUGGGACAUCAUUCAGGAGAACACUAAAGAGAAGAUACAGCCCAACCCACCUUCAUCAGGUUUCAUUGGAAUCCUCAUCAUGAUGUCCAUGUGUAACGAAGUGCACGUGUAUGAAUACAUCCCUUCAGUCCGACAAACUGACCUUUGUCACUACCAUGAACUAUACUAUGAUGCAGCUUGUACCUUAGGGGCUUACCAUCCACUGCUGUAUGAGAAACUGCUGGUGCAGAGGAUGAACAAAGGGUUACAGGAUGAUCUGUAUCGGAAGGGGAAGGUAAUCUUGCCAGGGUUCAGGUCUGUAAAGUGCCUGGGACGGAAUCACUUCCCACACUUGUAAAAGUGACUCGUUCAGAAAAAUGUGCAAUAAGGUACUACUGUCGUACUAUAAACAACAAAGGAAUACUUGAAAAUGUAUCUUAGACCAACCUAGUCUUGAGUCUAUAAACUGUAAUUAAGUAGCAGGCAUGAGAGUUCCUUCCUUCCUAAGCCUGAGUAUGUAUUACUGCUUUGCAAAUAGUUAAAGAAAAAAAGCUUCGCUCAUGAAAGGUGCAAAGGCACAGUUAGGUAGAUAUACAAUGUAUUGUUGUGGGCAUGACCUGUCAGAAAACAUCAGAGGUUUCUUAUGCCACAUGUACUAGAUGCCAAACUUAACAGUUAAAUCUGACAUUAUGAAGCAGCCUGUAUCAUUCAUACACAGGGCUGUCUGCUGAGAGAUGGAUGAUUUCUCUUCAUACCACAGGAUUUUCACAUCCCCCCCCCCCCCGAUAAAAUAAUCAUGAUUUUGAACUGGGCAUGCUAUGAGUAUAAUGGGCCUGAUUCUCAUUCACACAAAGCUCCCUUUACUCCAUUCUGGCAAGGUAAACGGGCUUUAAAGUGAAUGUAAAUUACCAAUAUAAAGGGACCUUCAUAAAUAAGAAUCAGGCCCAAUAGCUAGUCAUUGUAUUCAGGUAGUUUCUGCAGCCAGAAAUUAACAAGUGAUAUUUACUCACUUUUAAAGAGAUAUUAUUGUACACACAGCCAGGUUAUUUAAAUAAAUACAGUACUACUGCACAGAUCUGUCAUGGUCCAUGCAGACGCUGCAUUCAGGCACAGGGUGAAGAGAAGAGAAUCUUCUCCAUUCUUCAGAAAGCUCUCAUUCUGCCCUCAUUCAGCUUGAGCAGAAGACCAGCAAGAGGGCGUAAGUGAGAUCGAAAUGGUGCAUGGGCUUUCUGCCUGGGGGCAGUUCCCCCCUCUGUGCACAUAUGUAGAUAAACACUCCAGGGGAAGGGAGACAAUGUGCUCUGCUUGCACACAUACAUUUGAAACAGAUUUCUUACAAAAAUGUAGGCCUGCCUUUUCCAAGGAAAUAAGCAUUUUGGAUGGGGAGAUUUCAGAAAUUAGGUGAUUGCCUAUUUUGUUGUAAGCCAAGUUAAAUUCAUUUAUUAUUGCUUUUAAAAAAGCAGGGCAUUUUGUGUUUUGUUUUUGUGAGGAAAGAACAGGAUGUCAGUAUUUUUUUAAUUCAAAAUUAUGAAGUCUAUAUCCUGGAGACAUUGUAAAGCAUUCAGCAGUCUUACUCUGGCUUACACACUGAGACAAUCUCAUAAUUUCAUUGUAAAAACACAGCAUGGGUAUUCUCUAAACUACUUCUAAAUCCACCUGGAUGUUAAUGCAUUUAAAAUACGUUUUCUCUGACAAGAGUUCAAUUUCAGGCUGGAGAUUGGUUAAUGCUCUUGUUUGCUUUUUAAAAUUUGGUUUUCCAGUGAGCAAAAUUCAGUAGGAGUGAUUACGUACAAGAAUCAUACAUAUCCUAUCCAUAUCCAUUCAGCAAAAAGGUGAUUGGCUGGUAGAAACACUGUGUUAUUAACAGCAGUGGAGUGGAAAAGCAUAUUUCACAUAUUUAGCUAUUGGCUACUGAGAGAGAGCUGGCGAUGGAGAAAUCCACAUUAAUUAUUUUAGGUUAUCUUUGUUUAUAAAAAUCAGUGCUUUUCAAUCUUUCUUUCUUUUUUGGAUCCACUAAAAAAUUUCAACUGGAGGUGUGGAUCCCUUUGGAAAUCUUAGACAUAGUCUGUGGACCCCCAGGGGUCUGUCGACCACAGGUUGAAAAUCACUGAUAUAAAUAUAAAUCAGAAGAAUUUUGUAAUUCUCCCAUCCAACCUUUCCUGCUGUUUUUCCUCCCUACAAGAGCAGAAUUAGUUUACUGUACUUUAGCCUUCUUUUUUCAAGUUGUCAUUAUCUUGGGCUUUGCCGUCCUUCUAAAAUUCUUCCUAGCUGACAAAGUGUGUCCAUGUGUUCCAGACAUGCCUUGUGUUGAUUGGAUAGGUAUGUUCAUAAAGCAUUUUUUUCAUACUGCCAAAUGGACAGCAUUCAUUAAUUUCAGCCUUAGUAUCUGGAUGCAUUACAUAUUGAUUUUGGAAAACACAUUAUAAUAAUUUUUUAUUUCCGUUUUUGUUUUUAACAGUAUCCAGCCUUAGUAGUGCUAUAUAGCCUACAAAGGGGAAAAAAACUUUCCCCAUAUAUUUGUUUCACUUAAUUCACCUUCUGUGAAACACGUUAAAUCAGAUUUUUUCUGCACGGGCAGAGUGGCACUUUGUUAUAUAGUGAUCUUAGUAUCAGAUCAGGGUUUCCCAUGUGCCAAGUUCAAAUUAGAUUAGUUCCCACACCUUUCAAUAAAUGGAGUUGAUCAUAUUUCUAGUACAAAUGAGUACCAUAAGUCACUGUGCCCUGUGCAGAAGUCUCUUAAGACUCCACAAAAUAGCAUGCCAGUUUCCUACUCAUUUGCCCAUGCUAAACUUAAACUCUUGUUUCCAUCAGGAAUAAAAAAAGCUAACCAGCAAUACUCACAAUUGUCCACAACAAUAGGAGUGCGUUGUAUUACACGCUAGAUAGUCUGUCAUCACGGUGCAGCUUGUACGCAGCCCUGUGGACUCUAAAGAUUCCCGUAAAGAAAAACGAGAGGCUGCAUACUUAGCACUCCUGCUUAAAUGAAGUGCUGCCCUUUAAAAUUCUCACACAACCCUGGGUACGCAUUCAUCCAAUGGAUUUUAUACUUGCAUGCACAUCCUUUUGGGGGCAGUAAUAGUGCGCACUUGCGGCACCUGAGCAGAAAAUCUUUUUUGGCCAAGUGCAAAUGCCAAGAAACUGUCACCUUUCCCUCGAUGAUAUAAUUAUUUACAUUGGUGUGGAUCUUUCAAACACCAUGUCAUCUGUCCUAAUUCUAUCCCUGUGUAUAUUACAAUUCUCCAACCAUAUGAAUGUUAUAUCUUCACGCUCGAGCUUAGCUUUGCUUUAGAGCUGUGCUAAGUGCACCAGCCUCUUCCCAGAAAGGAGGCCAGCAUCAACUCUGUGAAGCACAGGGUCUCAAUCGUCCCAAGGAGGGAGGGCCUUAAGGUGGCUUCCAAACCCUGGUUUCCCCUGUGAUAUUUCAUUGUUCUACAAACACAGGCAUCUUGACACUUUAAGAUUUUCUCCUCCCACUCCUGCUGUCUAUCUUAAAAAAAAAAAAAAAAAGAAAGAAAAAAAGAAAACAUCAGUACAAGUUUAGCUCAGCCUGGUUUGCUAACUGAGAAUUCAACUGGUUUCAGAGUAACAGCCGUGUUAGUCUGUAUUCACAAAAAGAAAAGGAGGACUUGUGGCACCUUAGAGACUAACCAAUUUAUUUGAGCAUAAGCUUUUGUGAGCUACAGCUCACUUCAUCGGAUGCAUACUGUGGAAAGUGUAGAAGAUCUUUUUAUACACACAAAGCAUGAAAAAAUACCUUCCCCCCCCCCACCCUACUCUCCUGUGCUGGAAAUGGCCCAACUUGAUUAUCAUACACAUUGUAAGGAGAGUGAUCACUUUAGAUAAGCUAUUACCAGCAGGAGAGUGGGGUGGGAGGAGGUAUUUUUUCAUGCUUUGUGUGUAUAAAAAGAUCUUCUACACUUUCCACAGUAUGCAUCCAAUGAAGUGAGCUGUAGCUCACGAAAGCAUAUGCUCAAAUAAAUUGGUUAGUCUCUAAGGUGCCACAAGUCCUCCUUUUCUUUUUGAGAAUUCAACUGAAAUUUUACUUCGGCCAACAAGAGGCCAGCAGGGGGAAGCAAAGGGCAACAUGAAGAGAACUACAGAACUGCUGCUUUCACCAACCUUCCCUCCCGUCAUGGUGCCUCCCUCCUGAGUUUUGGUAUUCUUUGCUUUUAUGGGAGGCCAUUGAGGUUUUUCUAUGUGUUGGGUUUUUUUAAAAACCUUUGAGAGCAGAAAUCAUUUAUCAAAAAUCCAUACAAAUCAGUUGCAUUUAAAAGAGUGAAUGACUGUGUAUUAGGUGUUCAAUAGACAUCUAGAUAGCUUUUUAAUAAUGGUAACUGGUGACUGAUAUUUUAUAUAUACAUAAGGAACGUGUGAUACAUUUCCCCAUCCAAAUCAUUCAUCGAUAUUUUAGGGUGCGAUCUUGUCACCCUUGUAUGUAUGUAACUCCCACUUGAAGUGAGUGGGAGAUUUGCCUAGGCAAGGCCUGCACGUUCCUGCAACAUAACACACAUGACGCAAAUGCUCAAGUUAGACUCAUCCCCCUUUUAUGCCUCUACAGUUACAAAAGCCUAGUUGCUGUGCACUGAUGGGUAUAUGAUUAAGAGGUGAGACGGUUGCACUUAAAAAAAAAAAAAAAGAAAAAAGAAAAAUCACCCACAAAGCUUGGGUAAAUGCGCUGAAUUUAUGUUAAUUUUUUUUGGUUUGCUGUGUUUUCCACUGUGAAUUAUGCAGCUUUUUCAACAGGUGGUGGCUGUAUUGUUUUAUGCAUGAAGCCUUUAGAUGGUUAAAUCAAGGUAUUCUUCUGUUAAUUCCAGAGAAAUUAUUAAAGUUUUGACUCAUUUUGAGCCACACGUUUUUAAGGGGGAAAAUAUUUCUGAUAUUCCAUUCCUUCUGUUUUCCCAAGGCUUACCUGGCCCUCAUUCUCCACACUGUUAGUCAGUGAAGUUACACCACUGUAACAGAUUUGUAUGUGGUAAAGAGACAGAGAGAUCUAUGUAUAAUUAUAUUGAUCUACACACACAGGGCUGGUCUACACACUGAGCACAAAUAUUUAGCUCAAUCAAUGCAACGUACUGGUGUUGACAUUCUUUUGUUUCAGAUUAAGGAUUCCUUCUUGAUUCUUUUUGCAUCAAUUUCUUGCCAAAUUAAGCAAAAUUGAAAUAGUUUGUUUUUAACUGGAAGUGAGUGCCACGUUAAGAGGUUGCACAGAUUUAACUCAAUCCAUUUAGAAACAGUUUGAAUUAAAUGGGUGUUCAAAUUGUGUGUAGAAGUGACCACACCUGGUUACUUUUGUGUUGGUCUUCCUCUUCAGUAAGGCUCUCAUAAACCGGGAAAUGCUAUUCAGACACUGGUACAAACUUAUGAUGAAAGUAAUGUGAAAUACAUUGUCUGUGAAAGUGUCACUUUGAGUUCUUUCCCUUCAUCUCCAAUCCAUAGAUAUGUUAGACUGUUUUUUGAAGCAGACUGUGAAAUGUCAUUAGAGAGCAUAUACAGAUUUCCUGAAUGCUAUCCUCUACAGUGCAAAGAGGAUACCUGAUUUAACUGUUUGAACUUUUAAAGUAGCCCAUGUCUGGGCAUGCCUCUCACAGGCUUAUUUAAUUAAAUGAAUUUUGACACUCUGAAUUUCUUCUCUUCAACUUGGCAAUCAAAUCCAGAGUUUUGUUCUUUAAAUAUCAGCUAUGUAGAAGUCUUACAUAUAUCCAUAUCAUCUCAUCCUCUGUGAAAUGUAGUCAUUGAACUAUUCAAAUAUGGAAGACUGUGUACUUUUUUAAUAGCUUUGAGAAUUAUUUUGUAUGAUGAUUUUUUUAAAUGAAUGUGUACUCUUCAACAAAUUAAAUCUUAAGAUUUUACAGGAGUCACAUUUUUAAACAGUGUUUGUAUACAUUUUAACACUUUUCUAUUUUCUAUUUUGAUUUUGUAUAUUUUUAUGUAUGCACAGUGUACAGAUUUUUGCUGUAAAUAAAACAUUUGUUUUCAUUUA